AUCCCACAGCUGUCAUAUUUUUAUUUUUUGUUUUGUGUGACCAAAACUGAUCCAUAACGAGGCGAUGUAAUGCACACAACACAACCCAAUGGCAAUGGCAAUCUCAAUUUGCAGUGUUGUUGUUGCAUGUUCAAAUAUUAACAACCCAUCUUUUCCUUUCAAAUUCCCAACCUUAUGGCCAUCCACUCAAAAACUGAAGAUGGGGUCUCUUACUGUAUCUCCCAUGGGUUUUGGAACUUGGGCGUGGGGGAAUCAGUUUCUUUGGGGUUAUCGUCAAUCCAUGGAUGAUGACCUUCAACGAAUCUUCAACUUCGCUCUUCAUAAUGGUGUCAAUCUUUUUGACACUGCUGAUUCUUAUGGCACUGGAAGGUUUAAUGGCCAGAGCGAGAAACUUCUUGGAAGGUUUAUUCGUGAUUUUCAAGAGAAAAAGGGGAGCCGCCGUCAAAAUAUUGUCAUUGCUACAAAGUUUGCUGCUUAUCCAUGGCGCCUUACACCAGGGCAGUUUGUGAAUGCUUGCAGGGCAUCACUAGAUAGGAUGCAGAUUGAGCAAAUUGGGAUAGGACAACUACAUUGGUCAACUGCAAAUUAUGCUCCUUUUCAGGAAUUAGCUCUUUGGGAUGGUUUAGUGGCAAUGUAUGACAAGGGUUUAGUUCAAGCUGUUGGAGUAAGUAAUUACGGACCAAAGCAGCUUUUGAAGAUACAUGAUUACUUGAAAGACCGUGGAGUUCCCUUAUGCUCAGCACAGGUGCAAUUUUCUUUGCUAAGCAUGGGGGAAGAUCAACAAGAGAUCAAAAGUAUAUGUGAUUCUUUAGGUAUUCGCAUAAUUGCUUAUAGUCCUCUAGGACUUGGAAUGCUUACUGGGAAAUACUCACCAUCCGAACUUCCAUCUGGGCCAAGGGGAUUGCUUUUCAAGCAAAUACUUCCAGGAUUGGAUCCUUUAUUGAGUUCCCUGAGAGACAUUGCAAAUAAAAGGCGCAAAACCAUGUCACAGGUUGCAAUAAAUUGGUGCAUAUGCAAAGGUACGAUUCCAAUUCCUGGAGUCAAGUCAAUAACACAAGCAAAGGACAAUUUGGGUGCUCUCGGUUGGCGCCUCUCCUCGGACGAGCUGCUUCAGUUGGAGUAUGCAGCACAGGAAUCACCUGGCAGGAUGGUCCAAAACAUUUUCCAAACCAGAUAAUAUAUCAGCAACAAAAACCUCAGCACAAGAUGCAACAGAAUAACAAGGCAUUUUCUAUUUGACUCAAGACAAGGCCACAUGGUUUUAAUCAUCUGGUAACGUGAAAACCAAGGCAGACAGAUUAUGAACAAUUUCAAUUUUUACUCGUCCAGAAGAAAUACGACAUGACACGAUGAACAAGUAAUGUGACGAGCUUUGUAAUUUCAAGAGCACAAAUCCUGACCAUGCAACCUACUAUUGAUAAUCACAAAGCUCGGGUUAAUAUGUUUAAUAGUAAAACAAAUAUGUAAAAUAAAAAAAAAUAAUAAUAAUAAUAAUAAUAAUAGUAAUAUGUAUAAAUUGUUACUCCAUUAAUUCUGUUGUUGUUUACCGUAGUUUGUCUUCACGAGAAGUAAUUAUGUUUGAGACAUGGUUAUUCAAAGAUAUUUUGCAGACAAGAAGAAAGUUCAAUUUAAGACUAUUUUCACUUGUACUGCGUAAAAUAAAUUUGUUGAGAGAAACAGCAACUCUCAUAUGAA